GGAAAUGCAUAAAACUCUACAGAUCUGAUUCUGAACCUAUAGAGACAGAGAGAAGAGGAAGAGAUAGAGACAGAGAGAAGAGGAAGAGAGGAGUCACAGAGAGGAAGAGAGGAGAAACGUGAGAAGGAAGCUUUUUCUUUUCCACCGACGGCUUCUUCCUUCUCCUAAUUAAGAUUUUUCUUUUUUUUUAAAUCUUAAAUAUUCAUUUUUUUAGAAUAUAUAUCAAAUUGACGACGGUUAUUAGGGUUUAACAAAGCAAAAAGAGCGAGGAAGAACGGAGAGAGAGAGAGAAUAGGAAGAACCAUGCGACGGCAGCCUCCGCAGCCUCCUCCUCCGCCGCCGCCUGGUUACUAUUACUACGAUCCAUCCUACCACUAUCUACCGCAGCAGCUUGGUUACAUUGGUUACAACGAUCUUUUCGUCUCUCCAUGGCCUGGUGCUUAUCCUUCUUAUCCUCCUUCUAACUCCGCCGGUCAGUUUCCCUCUGAACCUCCGCCUCAUCCUUCAUGGCUACCACAGCAGCCUGGUGCUUAUCCUUCUAACGCCGCCGGUCAGUUUCCCUCUGAACCUCCGCCUCACCAGCCGCAGCCUCAUCCUCCACCUCCAGGCGUUAGUGGUCCAUUAUACUAUCAAUCGGGACAACAGCCUCCUCUUCCGCCUUACCAGCCAGAUCCGACGCCUCCUCCUCCGCCUUACCAGCCAGAUCCGACGCCUCCUCCUCCGCCUUACCAAUCAGAAGCUAAAACAGAACCUAAGGAUUGGGGAUCAGAUGGAUGCAGCUAUGGGGAUCAGAUGGAUGCAGCUAGAGACACAGACGCUGAUAUAAAGAUUAUCAUGAGUCAAAUUCUUUUUAAGGUUGCGGACCAAAUAAUCGAUGAAUUUACAGGCAAAAUCAUUGCUGAAGAUGGAGCUGAUUGCAAGGGUUUGGCAAAGAUUUUGGCCUCAUUAGGUAGCGCUGAUACUGAUGCUGGCUUGGGGUCGAUACAGCAGCCAAGCGACUAUAAUACUCUUCAACUUGGGGUGGACACAUACUCAGAUACAUUGGGAUCGAGUAGAAAUUUAUUGGGUGAUAUGACUGGAAAGGGAGAUUCUCACUCAAAGGAGAAGCACCAUCGUUCUUCUUUUUUCAGUGUGCCUGCUUGCUUCAGAAAUCCUUCUUCACCUGAUGAAUCUCGUGAAGAUUCAAGAAGAAGGUCCAAAAAAGGGUCAAAGCCGUCGAGAAAACGUGAUGAAUCGUCAAACAGAAGCUAUUAUUCAUCUCAUGAAUAUUCUGAAGAUUCAAGAAGCUCAAGGAAUCCAACAAGCUCCAAAAAAGAGUCAAAGCGUUCAAGAAGGUCCAUAUCCCCCCACCACAGGCGACAUUAGUUCGUGGCCAAAACACUGUAAUAGGGCGAUUUGUGAAUUGAAAAUGGGACAUGACAGACAAAUACUGUAAUACUGUAAUCGUUUCAACUUUUAGUUAAAUAUUGUUUGGACUGGUUUGGAAUGUUUAGUAUUGUAUAUAAAAAAUUUGAUCCGGUCAGUUAGGUUCAGAA